GCAUACCUAAGUUGCUCCUUAAGCUGCUCCUUAACUUAGGGAGCCUCAAAUUGAGUAUCCUUGUGAAUCAGGCCUAUAGCUGUCAAGCUAUAUCGUCAGCCAAGUAUAUACGCUUGAUCCAAAAAGCUCACACUCAAAAGAGCAACGCAAAAAGAGCAAUACAAUCAGGGUAUUUGUGGACUAAGAUACUGGCUAGGGUCUUAUUCCUGGCUCAACAGUCGACCGCUAGGGACUCGAAGCAACGCCAGGCGAUUAUCGAGAAACUGCGGGGCGGACUUCCGGGCGAUCCGGCCUUGGUAUCUUUCGAUGGUAUCACACUCCCUAGCCACGUCUUAGCGAUUGCGUCUGAGCAGAAGCGUUUAAACGUGGGUUCUCACAUCCACUGUGAGCACGGCACUCUUCGACGAGAAGCGGCGCGGAGGUAUGAUGGUGGUGUUCUCACAGUCGAAGGAGAAAUGGGUGAUGAAAUUGGUCUGCUCGUGUAUUCCUUCGAUCCACGAAGCGCUGCUGAUGAGUCUCUUGUAUGCUGUAUUUGCUACAUCGAUGCAAGCUGCCCUAAUGACCUCUGGAAGUGUGCCUGUCGUCGGAAGUUCUGCAUGAACUGUGUUGCUAGCAUGAUACUCGCAAGAACGACGUUCGGGGAUCCCUCAGUUCGUAGGGAAA